AUGCCAGUCUCUGAUGCACUGACGCUCUUCGAGCAUGUGGACGUCUUGCAGACUGGGCGCAUCACCCUGGAUGAGCUCAUGGAGAGCAUCAAGUCCUUGACCUCGAAGGCCACACCCUUCGACACGUGUUGCCUGACCGCCCGCAUUGGCGGUACAGCGACAUUCACCACGCGACUGGUGACGCGCACGGACCACGUGGCGGCAACACUGGAGGAGGCGAGGGCUUGGUGA